GAAAAAAAUGGCCUCGCAACAAGACGCCUCUCCACCAACAGGUUACAACAUGGGACAUCGCCACUCGUUAACCAUUGAGACCAAUCCACUGCACUUGUUGCCGUCCAAUAUGCGACGUUUCUCCCAGGCCGACACUGCCCGUCAUCCAGCAGCUCCUUUGCUCUCAAAACUCGCCGCCAGACAACAAAUCCCUGAAGCAGUAGCCGAGAAAAAAGACGACGAGAAGCCAGAAAACAAGUGAUUUUUUUCUGAUCUCUGAACAUUGUGUAUUGUAUAUUUAAAUUUCAAUUCUCCAAAUAUUCAAUUAAUCUUCUUUUCUUAUA